AUGUCCAGAAACGAGAUUAUGUACUGCCGGGAUACACGGGAGUUGUCAAUAACGGCAUGGUAUGUUGUUGAAGACGAUUUUAAGGUAUUGUUGGUAAUGAAGGAUGUUCGAGAUGUGGAAAAUAAUAUUUAUCAAAACGAUCAGAAUCAAGAAAAUGACCCAAAUUACGAUUAUAAUCCAGGAAAUAAUGUUGAUCAAAACUAUCACAAUCAAGAAAAUUCUAACGAAAGCAAUUAUAGCGAAGAAAAUCCUAAUCUAAGUGAUUACAACGAAGAAAAUCCUAAUUUGAGUGAUUACAAGAAAGAAAAUUUAUAUGAAAGUGACAACAACGAAGAAAAUUCUAUUGAAAGCGAUUAUAACGAAGAAAAUUUUAAUGAAGAAAGCGAUUACGGCAAAGAAAAUCCAAAUGCGAGUGAUUACAACGAAGAAAAUUCUAAUGAAAGCGAUUAUGGCAAAGAAAAUCCAAAUGUGAGUGAUUACAACGAAGAAAAUUCUAAUGAAAGCGAUUAUGGCAAAGAAAAUCUUAAUGUGAGUGAUUCCAACGAAGAAAAUUCUAAUGAAAUCGAUUAUGGCAAAGAAAAUCCAAAUGUGAAAAAUCCUAAUGUGAGUGAUUACAACGAUGAAAAUUCUUAUGAAAGUGACAAUGACGAAGAAAAUUUUAAUGAAAACAAUAUCAACCAAGAAAAUUCUUAUGAAGGUGAUUACGGCAAAGAAAAUCCUAACGUGAGCGAUUACAACGAAGAAAAUUCUUAUGAAAGUGACAACAACGAAGAAAAUUUUAAUGAAGAAAGCGAUUACAGCAAAGAAAAUCCAAAUGUGAGUGAUUACAACGAAGAAAAUUCUAAUGAAAGCGAUUAUGGCAAAGAAAAUCCUAAUGUAAGUGAUUACAACGAAGAAAAUUCUUAUGAAAGUGACAACAAUGAAGAAAAUUUUAAUGAAAGCGAUUACGGCAAAGAAAAUCCAAAUGUGAGUGAUUACAACGAAGAAAAUUCUAAUGAAAUCGAUUAUGGCAAAGAAAAUCCUAAUAUGAGUGAUUACAACGAUGAAAAUUCUUAUGAAAGUGACAACAACGAAGAAAAUUUUAAUGAAAACAAUAUCAACCAAGAAAAUUCUUAUGAAGGUGAUUACGGCGAUGAAAAUAAUUACAACAAUGAAAACUCUGAUGAAUAUGAAUCUGAAGAAAUUAAUUAUUAUCCAUUUAUAGCAAGUAUACGAUUAGGAGCCCUUCAUUAUUGUUCGGGUUCAAUAAUUACCCCAAUGUUUAUUUUAACCUCAGCGUUUUGUUGUUAUGCAAACGAUGGGAAAUUGUUGCCAAAGCAUCAAAUGUUGGUUUACGUUGGUAGUAUGUCAUUAAAAAAUUCGCAAGUUUACCCAAUUUAUGAAAUCCACAUCCACCCAUCUUACAACCUUUUGGAUCAACAGGGAAACGUGGCUUUAUUACAAAUGGAUAUUCCGAUUCCCCCAUUAGAAUCGUCAAAAUCGAUCAUAUUAAAUCAAAAUUAUUACAACGUCGAUUUGUUUAAAAUUGAACCCGUCGCGAUUGGUUGGAGUACGAUAAAUCCUAAAGGAAAAUUUUCCACGCAGGAAAUUUCUGAUGAUUUAGCCGCGAUUUCUUUAGCUUCUGUUAGUUCGACGGUUUGUAGCGUGGUUUAUAACAGGAUUUAUCCGGAGGAAUUUUGUAUGAUCGAUGAGAAAUUUCGCGAAAACUUUUAUGGUUGUGCCUUAGAUUUUGGGGCGCCUUUAUUUAUGCAAAGUAAUGGAAAAUAUAUUCAAAUCGGAAUCGCUUCUUACAUUAGCGAUUGCAAAACGCAAAUUCCGACUGUUUUUACAAGAAUUUCAACUAAUUAUCCGUGGAUUAAGUCAACGAUUGAUUUGGCAAGAAAAAAUUUAUAA